AUGUCCACUCCAGUAAACAACUCUUUGACCGGACCCUCAAGGACUCCACUGGCCAGAUCAUGGCCAUCAUCAGCGCUGCCCGGCAGAUUCCCCCGGGGUCCCAGCCAUGCAGCUCUGGGGAAAGCAGGUGCUACACUUGUGCCAAGAUCUAUGGGUCCGGGGAUGGUCCCCAUUCCCGGACUCGUCAUUUCUUGCAUCAAGGAGCUCCAGCACAUCCGGAACAUGGUUCCCAAGGUCUGGCCAUCCUGGCACGCGAUCGGGUAUGACGAUCCCCGCGUUCUGAGGCACGUCUGGUACCCCAAGGUCCCAUUCCUGUCAACCUUCCUUCCCCAGCCAUUCCUCUGCCUAGGCAAUGUCGCCGGCCCUUCCACCCUCCCCACCACCGAGUCCCGUGACAAGGGCAAAGGUAAGGCCAGCACUCCUCCCAACCCCCCGAAGUCGGCGAUGAAGACUCACAAGCGUACGCGGUCAUCUCGCGUUGUGAAGUCCAAGCCCAUCGUGGAGUCGGAAGAUGAAGAACCGACUAUCAAGCCCUUGUUUUCGCGUGGAGUGCCGGAGGGUCCUUGUUCCCCUGUACUCCACAAUUCUCGCAAGGGCGCCCACUUCCCCUCGAUCCCCCAGGGCUCCGACGAAAAAAACUGUUUGGCCCUGCCACUGCGAUUGCCGGCAGUCACCAGGCAGUCCGUCAAGCCCUCCCAGCCAACUCCCGAACCCCCUGCGCAGGCACCCCCAGCUGGGGAUGGAGGUGACAUCCUGAUUCCCGGGACCAAACAACCCGUGCCACGCAUGCACAAAGCAAGACUGGCCUUGCGCAACUCGGUACACCAAGAAGACCGGGGCUCCCGGGUACAUCGUGCGUCUACUGCACCACAAAAGAAGAUCAAAUGCACCCCUGCUCCAGGACGCCAUCCAGGGCUCCCUCCAAGGCUCCCACCAAGACUCCCACCAAUGCCCCCCCCCACGUCCCAACCCCCUGCCCCCUCCAAAGUGCCCCCUGCCUCCCAAUCCAAGGCACGCACUCGCAGUCAGUCUCGUGGCCCGUCCGGAACUUCCAGUGUCACUGCUGUGACAGCCCCCAAGACCCAGACACGUGGUCGCAGCAAGACCAUCACUGCUGUCAAGGCACCUGCACCUGCACCUGCACCUGCACCAGCUCCGCUUCCGGCGCCCAGGUCGGCAGUCCCGGCUGCACCACGUGGCCCGGCAGUCCCUGCUGCAGCACUUGAUGUGCCCAUGCCGGAUCUCCAUGCCAUGUCCAUUGCGAUUCGUGAUGGAGCAGCUCGAAUCGCUCUUCUGGAGGCUCGUGUGGCACAGCAGGAUGGUAAGAUUGACACCCUGCAACGCCUUCAUGAAGGCCUUAGGCGCGAAAUCAUCGACCGGCACCCCUCAUUCCCACUGCCCGAUCUUCCUGCCAAUGCAUCAUCCUUGUUGCUCAAUCAAUCCGGCCCCCCCACCAUAUCAACCACCGCAUCUGUACUCCCGCCCCUCAUUGAUCUCAUCAUGGAUGACGUUCCUCCCACAACCACAACCCCAAUACUCCCGGAUGCCUCUGCCAUUGAUGGCAUCCUGUUUGAAUACAACCAGGUCGUUCAUUCAGAGGAUCCAGAUGCUUCCGGCGAUGCUCAUCCAGAGGAUCCAGAUGCGUCCGGCUCCAUUGUGGACCCAGGUGAUCCAAGCAACCUUGUCCCAGAAUAUGACUCUUCUGAUGACAUGGAUGUUGAGGUGGAGGUGAAGGUUGAAGAGCCUUCUGAGGAGGUUGACAUGGCUACAUAA